GAUUUUUCUUGGGGAACAGAAAAGAUAAUUCCUGGUACUCCUCAAGAAUAUGCAAAUAUUUACAUAGAUUGUUGGUCUUUGAAGCCAGAAAAAUGUCCUAAAUUAGUUAGAAUUUUAAAUGACCUUGAUAAUUUAUCAACAAAAACAAUUUGCAAAGUUAUCAUUAAUGAUAUUUUAUACAAAAAAAUAGUUGAUUAUUCUGAAUUAAAUACUCAUGAAUUCUAUAUUUUAUGUCUAAAUGAGCAACGUGAUGAUAACCAGGAAGCAAGCAGUCAAAUUUUGGUUAUGACUGUUUUUCAUGAUGCUAAACAGAAUGUAUCAAAAAUUGAAUUUGACAAAGAAUCACUUAUGAAUAAAUCUGAAGAAGUUAAAUCUAAUGAUGUACAUGCAUUAGAAUCCAGCGGUGUAUACUGUAGAGGUAUCACUUAUUGA